AAGCUGGACAAUCAACAAGAUUCUCUCGGCAGCACCGAUAUGGCUUCCAUCACCGUUUCCUUAUAUUCCAGCUAUGUGGUCGAUUUCUAUGGUGUCGGUGGCUUGUUAACUUCAAUGUGUAAAAUCAAAAAGAAAUUCGGCGAGCUCAAGGACUGCGAUGAAAGACGAUGACGGGAGUAAUCAAAAGCAACAGAUGCGGUACUUGCAGGAAGCGUAAAGUCAAAUGCGAUGAAGUCAAACCGGUCUGUGGACCAUGCCAAAAGGGGCAGCGAUGUUGCGAGGCUCCUAUAUCGAAGGUCAAGUUUGUAAAGCCCAAGGGGCUCUCCCCUCGCACCGUAACCCAAUGCAUGCCGCGGGAGAGUACGACAAGGGAAAUUAGCCCUGUCCUGUCUCCACAACCGAUGCAAACACCCGCCGAAGGCUUAACAGCUGUCCUGGUGGAAACAUUCAAUGGUUCAAGCAUUGGACUGCGGCUUUCAACCAUGGCCAAUUUCAUUCAAGAAAUUCCCCGGCGUUUAGGCCAUUCCGCUGUUUUAGAUGCUACUAUAGCCUGUCUAGUGCAUCGUCGAUUAUUUCUCCUCAACGAUGGCUACGAUGCGAUAAACAAGCAGCAGCAGCUCUAUCUGAAAGCAGUGAACAGUUUAAGCCUAGUGAUAAACGACCCAAUGGAAGGUUACUCCGACAACACCCUCUGUGCCGUGGCAUUGCUUGGUGAGAUCGAAUUGCUUGGAGGUGGCUUGACACAUCUCCAGGGUGGUUCAGGGUACAUCAUGCACGCCGGGGGAGCUGCACGCUUGAUCCAAUACCGCGGAGCGGAUCGUCACCGGGAAGGAUUUGGCAAGCUUUUGCUCGCGUAUCGGAGAGGCGCCAUAGUUGCAGAUGCUAUUGUGCGAGGCGACGACUGCUUCCUGCAGCACCAACCUUGGACCGACCUUUCAUUCGACGAUCUCCCCUCCACUACCUUCGGACAUGUAUCCGAAGACAUGGUAGCCGUUCUUCUUGCGCUACCGACGCUGCUUAAAGAACUGCGACAAUUCCGAACCCUCGAGGCCGCCAUCGACUGCCAGACCGUCCUCAGUCGCGCACAAACGCUACGAAGAACCCUUCAGCAGAUUGGCAGUCUAAUCGACGAAGCCGUCAACACUGCCAAAGAUAUCUUCGAAGUUUCUGGCACCCUCGGAGACACGCAAGUCCCAGUCGUGUACGAAUACAAAGAGAAGUCCCUCGCUUACGCCUGCGCUCUCUACUGGGGCCUCUCCAUCGUCCUCGAGACAAUCAUUAAUCGCCUCCUCCCUACUAAUUACCCACAGGCCGUGGGAGAAGCCAUCGUUCAUCGCUGCGACCGCGCUCGCCAGCAGAUAUGUAUGUCUUUCGAGUACUCAUUGAGAUUCUGGCCUCUGGGGUCGAUGUACAUGGCAGGUCCGCUCAUCAUGUCUUUCUACGGGGCGACGGACGAGCAGAAGGAGUGGAUCACGACCGCUUUAGGGAAACUCAGUAGUCACAUUCCUGGAAGCGAGGUGUUUUGGAGUCGUCAAGCCCUGGAGGUGCUGUCAAGACUGUAUGUGGGUGAGUGGUCUGAUGUGAUGUCAAGCAAAUAG